UGGUAGGAAAUUUCCCAUUUAAAAAGAUCUAAAAAGAUAUGCCUGCGAUACAGGAUAUUAUUUGUCAGUAAUUAAAGGUUCCUUUCUGAUAGCAGGAGUAGCAUGAUUGCCACCAACUAGGUUAAAGGGAAAGUGUUGCGUACAACGAAAGAUGGAGUUCCAACAAUGUGUCGUCUUCUUCAUCAUCAUCAUCACCAUGUCAAAUCGGUUAACGGAAGCAAUUCCUGAUAAGAGUGUGAUAUGGGCGGCACAUGAAGAACUUCUGUUUUAUAGCCCUCAAGUAGAACAGUGGACAAAUGCCAAAAUAACUCCCACUGAAUUUGGUCAGACUAUAACACCUGCCACUUUGACUGGAACACAGUCCGUAUACGGUUUGGCCGGCGACAUUCCAACACGGCAUUUGGUAAGCUCAGACAGAAAAAGUCAAAGAAUUGUCAUUUACGACCUUGACGAUAUGCAAGCUACGUUUUUUCAUAUGGGAACGUCAAAAGAUAUUGGUCAGUUGGCGAUUGAUUGGUUAGGUAGAAACGUGUACUGGGCCGACACAGGAUACGGUUGGAUAGCCAUGAAAAAAUUACCAGCAGGAAUAAACCAACAUAACUCUGCAGAUCCAAAUUUCAGACUAGUUGUUGAUACGUAUUUAGAAAAGCCUACAGGAAUAGUUGUGCAUCCAGAGAAAUAUUUCUUGUUUUGGACUGACACAGGCAGUACUCGGAAGAUAGAAAGGUCUGAUCUUAUUGGUGGAAAACGAAAGAUAAUUAUCUGGCAUAGUCUAAUCACGCCCACUACGUUAUGUAUUGACCAAUCGGUGGACAGAUUGUAUUGGAGUGAUCCUGCACGAGGAACGAUUGAAUAUUCUGACUUUGAUGGCAACGGAAGAAAAAUUCUCUUGUCGGAUCCAAAUGUGGAUUAUUACGGAAUUGCAGUCUUUCAGGAUUCACUUAUUUACACGGCACCGUCCUACAACCGUACAGGAUAUGUGUCUUUAAAGGAAAACAACGAGGGUGAACAUAUACAAGCCAGCAUACAGAUUCAAGAUCUUAAGUUUUACCAGAUUAUGGUGUAUGCUUCAGAGUUGCAGGAAAAGUCUUCCGGUGUUCUGUGUGAAAAUGUUCAAGAGUGUAGUCAGAUAUGUUUACACAUGGAACAAGAUGCUGGUUUUACAUGUUUGUGUGAUGACGGGUAUGAACUUUCAGUGGGCCGUAAUUGUUUAGUGGACGAGAGAGUGUUGGAGAGACACAUUUUGUUUACAAGUGGUACCAACAUCUGCGCAGUGCCAAUUUCAGUAUUAGGCCUUCCAUCAUCUGGAAUCUUUAAAAUACACUGCGAUGUUGUCACAAACGACACUGUAAUUACAAGGUUUUCUGUUGAUAUGACGAAAAAGAUGAUCUUUUACACAAAUGGUACAGCUAUUUUCAAGCAAACAGCCUUUCAAGACAACAGAGUCUUGCUUUAUGAUACAGAUAAAACAAUUGCAGAUUUGGAUUAUGACUGGAAAACUGGACAAUUAUAUUGGAUAGAAUCAGCAGACGGUAACCUCUACCAUAUUUAUGUGAAUGCUACAGAAGCUCGGGAACCAGCCACAAAAUGGUUGACUGAUUUAGAUGUCACUAAUGUAGCUAUUGAUCCGCAUAACGGAAAAAUAUUUUGGAUAUCAAAAGACACUGGAGGUUCUGGUACUACAUAUACUCUAAAUGUUUGGAACAAAGCGGAAGAUGACGUAGAACCUAUACAGACGUCAUUACUUUCAAAACCAACCGACCUGGAAUAUGACAGACUGAAGGACAGGUAA